GAGAGAGAGAGAGAGAGAGAGAGAGAGAGAGAGAGCCUGGCUAGGUUGCACCCUGAUAACUGAAGUAUAUCAUCACCAGUGCACCAGCUGUCUCAGAAGGAGGUGAAGAGAUGUCUCAUUGACUCAGGUACCAGGACGCAUUCGUGGUCUCUCGCUUGUGCAUCAUGAUCGGUUAAUUUAAUCUGGGACUGCAGAGAAGCGACCACCGCUCAUAGUCCCAGCUGGCACGAGCAGCUCGCACGCUAUGCCCGCACAGCUGCUUUCCGUCUCGCAGUGUGGAAAAUGGCACGCUUGAAGAUGCAGACACGUCUCUCGUGCGGACACUUCCCACUUUUCAUGUGUCUGUUUUUACAGGCACUUUUAUCUCACGCGCUUGGAAACAUCUAUACGCGGACAAUGGUCCCGCGCGCCGCUGGCCGGUCGGCGGUCCAGCGCGCUGCGGCCCGGUCCGUCGCCCGUAUGGACGGUGAUGUGAUAAUCGGUGCGCUUUUUUCCGUGCACCACCAACCCUCAGCAGAGCGUGUGGCCGAACGAAAAUGUGGAGACGUGCGCGAGCAGUACGGGAUCCAGCGGGUGGAAGCAAUGUUUCAUACUUUGGACCGUAUCAAUGCCGACCCGAACCUGCUGCAAAACAUCACCCUAGGCUGCGAGAUACGGGAUUCGUGCUGGCACUCUUCUGUGGCUUUAGAGCAAAGCAUCGAGUUCAUCCGAGAUUCCCUUAUCUCUAUUCGGGAUGACAAAGACGGAUCUAAGUGGUGUAUCGACGGGACGCCUUCCAACCAACCUCCUCCCAGCAAGAAGCCUAUUGCUGGAGUCAUAGGUCCUGGCUCGAGCUCGGUGGCCAUCCAGGUGCAGAAUCUACUGCAGUUGUUUAACAUCCCCCAGAUCGCCUACUCGGCCACCAGCAUUGACUUGAGCGACAAAACACUCUUCAAGUACUUUCUCCGCGUGGUGCCCUCUGACACGUUGCAGGCGCGUGCCAUGCUAGACAUUGUUAAACACUAUAAUUGGACUUAUGUUUCUGCUGUUCACACAGAGGGUAACUAUGGUGAGAGCGGCAUGGAAGCUUUUAAGGAGUUGGCAGCAGAGGAGGGUCUUUGUAUCGCCCACUCUGACAAGAUCUACAGUAAUGCCGGAGAGAAACACUUUGACCGCCUGCUUAAGAAACUGCGCGAGCGCCUGCCCAAAGCCCGCGUGGUUGUCUGCUUCUGUGAGGGAAUGACCGUGCGUGGCCUGCUGAUGGCCAUGAGGCGUCUUAGCGUUUCCGGAGAGUUCCAGCUAAUUGGGAGUGAUGGCUGGGCAGAUCGUGAUGAGGUGGUGGAAGGUUAUGAGCAGGAAGCAGAUGGUGGGAUCACAAUGAAGCUACAGACGGAGGAAGUGCAGUCUUUUAAUGACUACUUUCUGAAGUUGCGCUUGGACACUAACACCAGGAACCCGUGGUUUGCUGAGUUCUGGCAGUACCGCUUUCAGUGUCGCAUUCCUGGGCAUCCUCAGGAGAACCAGAACUACCAGAAGAUCUGCACAGGAAAUGAAAGCUUGAAGGACAACUAUGUCCAGGACAGCAAGAUGGGCUUUGUGAUCAAUGCAAUAUACGCGAUGGCUCACGGCCUUCAUGAUAUGCACAGAGAAAUGUGCCCAAACCAUCCUGGCCUGUGUGAGGCGAUGGAUCCCAUUGAUGGCAGUAAACUGCUGGACUAUCUGCUCAAAACCUACUUCAGCGGCGUGUCUGGGGAGGAAAUCUACUUCGAUGAAAACGGAGACACACCUGGCAGGUAUGAUAUUAUGAAUCUGCAAUACGUGGAGGAACUGGGCCGCCAUGAUUACAUUAAUGUGGGUUCAUGGCAUGAAGGGCUUCUGAGUAUCAAUGAUUAUAAGCUCAUGACAAACCGCACUGAGAUGGUUCGGUCGGUCUGCAGUGAACCAUGCUACAAGGGCCAGAUCAAGGUGAUCCGAAAAGGUGAAGUGAGUUGCUGCUGGAUCUGCACUACGUGUAAAGAUAAUGAAUAUGUUCAGGAUGAGUUCACCUGCAGGGCUUGUGAGCUGGGCUGGUGGCCUGAUGACGAACUGGCAGGAUGCAAACCUCUCCCUCUCAAAUACCUGGAGUGGAGCAACGUGGAGUCCAUCGUCGCAGUGUGUUUCUCCUGCCUCGGUAUCCUGAUUACGUUUUUCGUCACCUUCAUCUUUUUCCAGUACAGCGACACGCCGGUGGUGAAGUCCUCCAGCCGCGAGCUCUGCUACAUCAUCCUGGCGGGUAUUUUCCUUGGCUACAUCUGCCCAUUCACGCUCAUCGCCUAUCCCACUGUGAUCUCCUGCUACCUGCAGCGCCUCUUAGUGGGCUUGUCAUCCGCCAUGUGCUACUCCGCCCUCGUCACCAAGACCAAUCGCAUUGCCCGCAUCCUGGCUGGCAGCAAGAAGAAAAUCUGCACACGCAAGCCCCGUUUCAUGAGUGCCUGGGCCCAGGUAGUUAUUGCCUUCAUUCUGAUUAGUGUGCAGUUGGCUCUGGUGGUCACGCUGAUUGUGUUGGAACCACCUGAGCCGGUGAAGAGUUACCCCAGCAUUAGGGAGGUGUACCUCAUCUGCAACACCAGUAAUUUGGGCAUGGUGGCCCCGCUGGGGUACAACGGCCUUCUCAUCAUGAGCUGUACUUACUACGCCUUCAAGACCCGCAACGUGCCGGCCAACUUCAACGAAGCCAAGUACAUUGCUUUCACCAUGUACACCACUUGCAUUAUCUGGCUGGCUUUUGUGCCCAUCUAUUUUGGCUCCAACUACAAGAUCAUCACCACCUCCUUCUCCGUCAGCCUCAGCGUCACAGUAGCUCUUGGCUGCAUGUUCACCCCCAAAAUGUACAUCAUCAUCUCCAAGCCCGAGCGCAACGUCCGCAGCGCCUUCACGACCUCUGACGUGGUCCGUAUGCAUGUGGGCGACGGAAAGGCCGCUCCCUGCCAGAGCAAUAGCAUCCUCAACAUGUUUCGCAGGAAGAAGAACACCGCCAAAGCAACCGGCAGCACCAAUCCUAAUGGAAAGUCUGUGUCAUGGUCUGAAUCAGGUGCCAGACCCCAGGGGAGGGGGUCGAGUGUGUUCCACAGACUGUCUGUGCAUGUGAGGAGGCAAGCAGUCGGCCAGAGUCAGACGGCGGUCAUACGACCCCUAACUAAUGCCUCACAGCCCCCCCAUCCCGAAUAUGAUGCUGGCCUCAACGCAGCCCCCAACGGCUCGCAUCCCGAAGACAAGGCUCUCUACAACCUCAACGAGGACGGAAGUCAACAUCUCCAACAACAUACGACCCAGGAGCCUUCCUAUUCUCCUACUCAUUUAAUAGAUCGCACCACUGAUCGUCCACAGGGGGGGCAGGUAGACACGCUGAGCUCUACAGUUCCCGAUUUUGAUCAGUUUGUCAUCGGCACAGGCAACAAGUUGAGCCCCGCCUAUAAAUCAUCUGCCAAUCAACUGCCGCUUCCUCUGCAGGGGAAGGCGUUCACAGAGGAUGGUUCCGAAAUGGAAGCUCUCGACCUCAUUCACAGGUUUCUGUGCGACAGUGCUACUCAAGAGGAGGAGGAGGAAGAGUUGGCACAGAGUAAGCUGACCCUGCUCACUCCACCUUCUCCCUUCAGGGACUCGCUUCGGUCAGGGGGGUCCAUUCCCGGAUCCCCCACCUCUGACAACAACCCCCCCUUUUCCCAGAAUUUGAACUACGCUCCCAAACAGAGCUCUUUGACACUCAUGGCAGGCGGGUCCGUGUCGGAGUGUAAGGAGUAUCUGUUUAAGGUAUUGGUGAUCGGGGAAUUGGGUGUUGGAAAGACGAGCAUCAUUAAACGAUACGUGCAUCAGCUUUUCUCGCAAAACUACAGAGCGACCAUAGGCGUGGAUUUUGCCCUCAAAGUCAUCAACUGGGACAACAAAACACUAGUGCGGUUACAGCUGUGGGACAUCGCAGUCACACUGCCAAUAUUGUGCAAGUUCGCGUGCUCUCAUAAAAGCGAAGUGAAAUGUCUCUCUCUCUCUCUCUCUCUCUCUCUCUCUCUCUCNGACGAACUGGCAGGAUGCAAACCUCUCCCUCUCAAAUACCUGGAGUGGAGCAACGUGGAGUCCAUCGUCGCAGUGUGUUUCUCCUGCCUCGGUAUCCUGAUUACGUUUUUCGUCACCUUCAUCUUUUUCCAGUACAGCGACACGCCGGUGGUGAAGUCCUCCAGCCGCGAGCUCUGCUACAUCAUCCUGGCGGGUAUUUUCCUUGGCUACAUCUGCCCAUUCACGCUCAUCGCCUAUCCCACUGUGAUCUCCUGCUACCUGCAGCGCCUCUUAGUGGGCUUGUCAUCCGCCAUGUGCUACUCCGCCCUCGUCACCAAGACCAAUCGCAUUGCCCGCAUCCUGGCUGGCAGCAAGAAGAAAAUCUGCACACGCAAGCCCCGUUUCAUGAGUGCCUGGGCCCAGGUAGUUAUUGCCUUCAUUCUGAUUAGUGUGCAGUUGGCUCUGGUGGUCACGCUGAUUGUGUUGGAACCACCUGAGCCGGUGAAGAGUUACCCCAGCAUUAGGGAGGUGUACCUCAUCUGCAACACCAGUAAUUUGGGCAUGGUGGCCCCGCUGGGGUACAACGGCCUUCUCAUCAUGAGCUGUACUUACUACGCCUUCAAGACCCGCAACGUGCCGGCCAACUUCAACGAAGCCAAGUACAUUGCUUUCACCAUGUACACCACUUGCAUUAUCUGGCUGGCUUUUGUGCCCAUCUAUUUUGGCUCCAACUACAAGAUCAUCACCACCUCCUUCUCCGUCAGCCUCAGCGUCACAGUAGCUCUUGGCUGCAUGUUCACCCCCAAAAUGUACAUCAUCAUCUCCAAGCCCGAGCGCAACGUCCGCAGCGCCUUCACGACCUCUGACGUGGUCCGUAUGCAUGUGGGCGACGGAAAGGCCGCUCCCUGCCAGAGCAAUAGCAUCCUCAACAUGUUUCGCAGGAAGAAGAACACCGCCAAAGCAACCGGCAGCACCAAUCCUAAUGGAAAGUCUGUGUCAUGGUCUGAAUCAGGUGCCAGACCCCAGGGGAGGGGGUCGAGUGUGUUCCACAGACUGUCUGUGCAUGUGAGGAGGCAAGCAGUCGGCCAGAGUCAGACGGCGGUCAUACGACCCCUAACUAAUGCCUCACAGCCCCCCCAUCCCGAAUAUGAUGCUGGCCUCAACGCAGCCCCCAACGGCUCGCAUCCCGAAGACAAGGCUCUCUACAACCUCAACGAGGACGGAAGUCAACAUCUCCAACAACAUACGACCCAGGAGCCUUCCUAUUCUCCUACUCAUUUAAUAGAUCGCACCACUGAUCGUCCACAGGGGGGGCAGGUAGACACGCUGAGCUCUACAGUUCCCGAUUUUGAUCAGUUUGUCAUCGGCACAGGCAACAAGUUGAGCCCCGCCUAUAAAUCAUCUGCCAAUCAACUGCCGCUUCCUCUGCAGGGGAAGGCGUUCACAGAGGAUGGUUCCGAAAUGGAAGCUCUCGACCUCAUUCACAGGUUUCUGUGCGACAGUGCUACUCAAGAGGAGGAGGAGGAAGAGUUGGCACAGAGUAAGCUGACCCUGCUCACUCCACCUUCUCCCUUCAGGGACUCGCUUCGGUCAGGGGGGUCCAUUCCCGGAUCCCCCACCUCUGACAACAACCCCCCCUUUUCCCAGAAUUUGAACUACGCUCCCAAACAGAGCUCUUUGACACUGUAACAGCACACGCUCAGGACACAGGGUACAAAUGCCGCUGUUUAUAAAUCAAUCAUUGGAGGACAUAAUUCGCUUGCUUACUUGGCUCUGUCAAAAAGACAUAAUUUCAGAAACAAAGAAGGAGCGUGAGCAAAUGGAAUGUCCUGUUGGGAAUAUUUUUCUUGGAGGCUACAAUGGCAGUAUCCGGUUUCCAAAUGCUGUGGAAAGUUGGAGUGCCAAAUAUUCAUUGUGUCGCUGUGCCCGAAAUCAGCUGGCAUCACAACAGUGCGGGAGUGAUACUGCCAGCUUGCUGCUUUACUUUUUCACUCUUAUAUGUGUUUCUUGAAGAAAGACGAGACACUGGUGUUCUGGAAUAUGUGCUUUUGAACUUUGUAGCUGGAUUUAGGAUAAGGCAUAUAGGAAAAACCAUGGGUUUGGAAGCAGACAGCACAGAGACAUCAAAUCAACACCAAACAAAUGUGUGCACAUAUAGGCAAAUCAUUCUCAUCGGUUUUCAUGCUGCUGUGUGAUUUUGGUAUUACUUCAAUGAUUUACAUUUUUAAACGGUUAACUGUGUACAACACAAAGUGAAACUCCGUGUGCACACAAUAAUGUUUCACCUGGCAGGCUGGAUGAGUAAACAUGGAGUUCCCCAGCUAAGGGUUUUUCCAAUUUCCUUUAGGCUCCCAAAGUCAGUAUUUGCUUAGAGAGUCACAGAUAGGAAUUGUGAUUGUAUAUGAUAGACAUAGGAAGCUUUUUUUAGUAUAAAUAUGGAGCUAAGGUACAUAAAAAGAGAACACAUGUAUGAACUCAGCUUUGAAAAGGGAGUAAUGUUUUGCAAACAUGUGUAUACUGUUUUUGCCAUCUAUUGUUUUCCACACAGAUGGUGUCUUUGUACAUCUGCUAUAUGAUUCUAUGAUUAGAAUGUUAGAAAUUUGUAAGUUUUAAAAACGUCUUAUAACUUGCUCUUUAUGAUAAAGGGUUACGCGGUGACGCUAUGGAUGGAGUUACCUUUCAGAAACUUUUACAAAUCCGAGGAUUUCUCUUUUAAAUGUGCCAUUUUUUACAUUUUACCUAUGAGUAGUUGCUUCUAGUGGUAACUUGUAGCAUUUACUGCCGAUCUUGCGUAGGAUUAUCACAUUGCGACUGUAAUGCUUUAAGUUUCAAAGGACUAUUAGAAUGCAACUCUCAAAAGAAUAUUAUUCAAUAAGUAUUGUACUUGUUAUAAUCGAUUGUAAUAUUAGGUCUUUUAGUGCAAGUUGUUUGUUAAAUGUAAAGUAACUGACAGAUCAUCUGUUUACAUUGUCUUACAAAUGAGGAAAAAUUCUCUUUUUGCCAGGACAAAUCAUGCUGUAAAAUAAAUAUUUUAUAUCUAA